GGAGAUGGAUUGGAAAAGACUUUUGACUUGUGGAAAAAAGAAAAAAACCGAGAAGAAGGGUAUAGAAGACUCCGAAUAAGACCAGAUAAACCAUGAGGAUAAGAACAUAUGUUAGAAAACCGAGAAGAAGGCUGCAUAAAUAUUGAUUUCUAUGCAUAUACUACAUGCAGAUAAACCAUUAGAAAAUCAAUGGAAACCUUUACCCAUCUUUUUGUCUACUCUUUCUUGUUCUCCCUCUUAAGAACCUCCAUUGCACCAGAGACUAUUACUCCAAGUCAAUCCAUCAGAGACGACGGUGGCACUUUAGUUUCGUCUGGCGGGUCAUUUCAAUUGGGAUUCUUCAGCCCGGGUAAUUCUAAAAGUCGAUAUGUGGGAAUAUGGUACAUGAUAUCUCCAGAGAUAGUUGUAUGGGUAGCCAAUAGGGACGCUCCGCUUAACGAUUACUCAGGAAUUCUUACAGUAACUGGUGAUGGAGUUCUUGUGCUUCUUAAUAGCACGAAAGGUAUUGUUUGGUCAUCUAAUACGUCACGAACCACAGCGAAUCCAGUUGUACAACUCUUGGACACCGGGAAUCUUGUUGUGAAAGAUAGAAAUGAGAACUUUUUGUGGCAGAGUUUUGAUUAUCCUUGUGACACUCUCCUACCGGAAAUGAAGCUUGGAUGGAACUUUGUAACUGGUCAAGGGAGGUUUUUAACAUCUUGGAAGAGCACAGAAGAUCCUGCCCAAGGUGAGUUUUCAAUACGGAUAGAUCCUCGUGGGCUUCCGCAACUGGUUACUAUGAAGGGAGAUUCAAUAAAGGAUAGAGCAGGGUCAUGGAAUGGCCGUAUUUUUACGGGUAGUCAAGCGUUAAGACCAAAUCCAGUAUUUAAGUAUGAAUUCGUGUGGAAUGAGAAGGAGGUUUAUUUCGAGUACAAACUCCUAAAAGCUUCUGUUUUCUCAAGAUAUGUGGUUAACCCGUCAGGCAUUGCGCAACGAUUUAAUGGGGUGGAUCGGACACACAGUUGGGUGCUUAGCUUUUCAUCAAAUGCAGAUGAGUGCGACAAUUAUGCCUUAUGCAGUGCAAAUGCUACAUGCAACAUCAAUAAAUCUCCUAUAUGUGCAUGCUUGGAAGGUUUCUUACCCAAGUCUCAAACAGAUUGGGAUUUAGCAGAUUGGGCUGCUGGGUGUGCUCGAAGGACUCCUCUGGAAUGCAAUGACACACAUGGAUUCCAGAAGCUCACGCGGGUGAAAUUGCCCGACACAUCUUCUUCCUGGUUUAACAAGACCAUGACCCUCAAGGAAUGCGAAGGAUUGUGCUUGAAGAACUGCUCCUGCACGGCAUAUGCAGCUUUAGAUGUCAGGGAGGGAGGAAGCGGCUGUGUGCUUUGGUCUGGUAGCCUAGUUGACAUAAAAGAAUACCCUGAGGGUGGACUACUCCGACAAGACAUCUAUAUAAAGAUGGCUAUUUCAGAAUUGGAUCAUCUUGAGAAAAAGAGGCACCCCAGCAAGAAGAAACUUGUAGCAAUUAUAGUGGGCUCAGCAUUACUAGUUGUGGGAAUGACAACAGUUUCACUGGUCUCACACAUAUGGAAGAAGAAAUUCAGAAAUCAAGGAACGACAAAAACAAGUCAGAGAAAAUAUUCUGACAAUGAAAGUGGGAAGGAAGAUAUGGAGUUACCGAUAUUUGAUUUGACAACCAUAGCUAAUGCAACACAUAAUUUUUCAAACAACAACAAGCUAGGAGAAGGUGGCUUUGGUCCCGUGUACAAGGGUACAUUGCCAGACGGGAUAGAAAUAGCUGUGAAGAGGCUUUCAAAGAAUUCUAGCCAAGGAUUGAACGAGUUGAAAAAUGAAGUUAUUUUGAUUGCCAAACUUCAACAUCGUAAUCUUGUGAAGCUUUUUGGUUGCUGCAUUCAAGAAAAUGAAAACAUGUUAAUCUAUGAAUACAUGCCCAACAAAAGCUUGGACUCUUUUAUUUUCGAUCAAGCAAAUAGUAAAUUACUGGAUUGGCAAAAGCGCAUCAACAUUAUUCUUGGUGUUGCUAAGGGGAUUCUCUAUCUUCAUGAAGACUCUAGACUAAGAAUUAUCCAUAGAGAUCUCAAAGCUAGCAAUAUCCUUCUAGACAACAAUAUGAAUCCAAAAAUUUCGGACUUUGGCCUUGCUAAAUUAUUUGGGGGAGAUCAAAUUGAUUCCGAGACCAAUAGAAUUAUUGGAACAUAUGGUUAUAUGUCUCCCGAGUAUGCGAUGCAUGGUCGGUACUCAGUAAAAUCUGAUGUAUUUAGCUUUGGAGUUUUAGUAUUAGAGACACUGAGUGGGAAGAAGAAUAGAGGAUUUUGUCAUCCAGACCAUCAGCAUAAUCUUCUUGGACAUGCAUGGAAACUAUGGAUUGAAGAGAGGCCAAUAGAGUUGAUUGAUGAAUUGGAAGGUGACUCAUGCACUCUAUCUAAUGUAUUACGACAAAUUCAUGUGGGUUUGUUAUGUGUGCAACAAAAACCAGAAGAUAGACCAAACAUGUCGUCUGUUGUUCAAAUGUUGAGCAGUGAGAGUUCAUUACCUAAGCCAAGGCAACCAGGUUUCUUUACAGAUUCAGUUGAACCUGAUCCUUCAUCUAGCAAGCAUGAAACUUGUUCAAUAAACGAAAUCACGACUACAUUGUUGGAAGCACGUGGUUAUAUGUCUCUCGAGUAUGCGGUGCAUGGACGAUACUCGAUAAAAUCUGAUGUAUUUAACUUUGGAGUUUUAGUAUUAAAGACAAUGAGUGGGAAGAAGAACAAGGGAUUUUGUCAUCCAGACCACCACCUGAAUCUUCUUGGACAUAUGGAAGCCUUUACCCAUCUGUUUCUCUACUCUUUCAUAUUCUCCUUCUUAAGAACCUCUAUAACACUAGAUACUACUAUUACUCCUAGUCAAUCUCUCAGAGACGGUGGCACUUUAGUUUCAGCUGGCGGAUCGUUUCAAUUGGGAUUCUUUAGCCCAGGUAAUUCCAAAAGUCGAUAUGUGGGAAUAUGGUACACAAUAUCUUCGGAGAUAGUUGUGUGGGUAGCCAACAGAGACGCUCCGCUUUACGAUCGCUCAGGAAUUUUAAAGGUCACCGAUGAUGGAGUUCUUGUGCUUCUUAAUAUCACGAAUGGUACUGUUUGGUCAUCAUCUAAUACAUCAAAAACCGCAGAAAAUCCAGUUGCACAGCUCUUGGACAACGGGAAUCUUGUUGUCAAAGAUAGAAAUGAGAACCUUUUGUGGCAGAGCUUUGAUUAUCCUUGUGACACGCUCCUACCGGAAAUGAAGCUUGGAUGGAAUUUAGUAACGGGUCUAGAAAGGUUUCUAUCAUCUUGGAAGAGCACGGAUGAUCCUGCUCAAGGUGAGUAUUCAAUGAGGAUAGAUCCUCGUGGGCUUCCACAAAGGGUUUUUAUGAAGGGAGAUUCGUUAAAGGCUAGAACAGGGUCAUGGAAUGGCCUUGGUUUUACGGGUCGUGGGUUAAGACCGAAUCCAGUAUUUGAGUAUGAAUUCGUGUUGAAUGAGAAGGAGGUCUAUUACGAGUACAAACUCCAAAACGCUUCUGUUUUCUCAAGAUAUGUGCUAAACCCAUCAGGCGUUGCGCAACGAUUCUUAUGGAUGGAUCGGACACAUAGUUGGGAGCUUUUCUUUACAUCCCAGACAGAUCAGUGCGAAAUUUAUGCCUUAUGCGGUGCAAAUGCUAUUUGCAACCUCAAUAACUCUCCUGUAUGUGGAUGCUUGGAAGGAUUCUUACCCAAGUCUCCAAAAGAUCGGGGCUCAGUAGAUUGGUACGAUGGCUGUGUUCGAAGGACUUCUUUCAAAUGCGAUAAUGGAGAUGGAUUCCGGAAGCACACGGCGGUGAAAUUGCCUGACACAUCUUCUUCCUGGUAUAACAAGAGCAUGAACCUAAAGGAAUGUGAAGGAAUUUGUUUGCAAAACUGCUCCUGUACAGCAUAUGCAAGUUUAGAUGUCAGUGAGGGAGGAAGCGGCUGCGUGCUUUGGUUUGGUAACCUAGUUGAUAUAAGAGAACUCGCUGUGGAUGGGCAAGACCUCUAUAUAAGGAUGGCCAUUUCAGAACUGACAAAUCUUGAGAAAAAGAGGCACUCCAGCAAGAAGAAACAAGUAGGAAUAAUGGUUGGUUCAGCAUUACUAGUGGUGGGAAUGAUGAUAGUUGGACUAUCAUCAUACAUGUGGAAGAAGAAACUCAGAAAUCAAGAAAUGACAAAAAGAAGUCAAAGGAAGGAUUGUGAAAAUGAAGUUGGGCAGGAAGAUAUGGAGCUACCGAUAUUUGAUCUUGCAGCCAUAGUUACUGCCACAGAUAAUUUUUCAAACUACAACAAGUUGGGAGAAGGUGGCUUUGGACCUGUGUACAAGGGUACAUUGCCAGAGGGGAGAGAAAUAGCUGUGAAGAGGCUUUCAAAGAAUUCUGGACAAGGAUUGAAGGAGUUCAAAAAUGAAGUUAUUUUGAUUGCGAAACUUCAACACCGUAAUCUUGUAAAGAUUCUCGGUUGUUGCAUUCAAGAAAAUGAAAUCAUAUUAAUCUAUGAAUACAUGCCCAACAAAAGCUUGGACUCCUUUAUUUUUGAUCAAGCAAAUAGUAAAUUACUGGAUUGGCAAAAGCGCAUCAACAUUAUUCGUGGUGUUGCUAAAGGGCUUCUCUAUCUUCAUGAAGACUCUAGACUGAGAAUUAUCCAUAGAGAUCUCAAAGCUAGCAAUAUUCUUCUAGAUAACAAUAUGAAUCCAAAAAUUUCGGACUUUGGCUUGGCUAGAUCAUUUGGGGGAGAUCAAAUUGAUUCCAAGACCGACAGGAUUAUUGGAACAUAUGGUUAUAUGUCUCCCGAGUAUGCGGUGCAUGGACGAUACUCGAUAAAAUCUGACGUAUUUAGCUUUGGAGUUUUAGUAUUAGAGACAAUGAGCGGAAAGAAGAACAAGGGAUUUUGUCAUCCAGACCACCACCUGAAUCUUCUUGGACAUGCAUGGAAACUUUGGAUUGAAGACAGGCCAAUGGAGCUGAUCCAUGAAUUGAUAGGUGACUUGUGCACUCUAUCUAAUGUAUUACGACACAUUCAUGUAGGGUUGUUAUGUGUGCAACAAAAUUCAGAAGAUAGACCAAACAUGUCAUCUGUGGUUCAAAUGUUGAGCAGUGAGAGUUCAUUGCCUAAGCCAAGGCAACCAGGUUUCUUUUCAGAUUCACCUGAAGCAGAUCCUUCAUCUAGCAAGCAUGCAACUUGUUUGUCAAACGGAAUCACCAUCUCAUUGUUGGAAGCACGAUAAAUAUCAUCAAAUUGAGAGGAAAAAUGUUGGGUUAUUUUCUUCUUCUUCUUUUUCAAUGAAUUUAUGUAAUAAUAGUUUCAGCUUAUUUAGUUGAACAAAAAUGGGUAGGAAGCUGUUACUCUUUAGGACAGAAGGGUCAACUAAGCUCUGUUCAUACCAAGUAUAUAUUAUUUAUACUCACUGAUAUGCUGUUCUCCCAACAUC